GUAAUUUCGUGCCUAGCACCGUGUACGCAAUUUGUCGUGGGUGUAUGUUGGGUGUGCUGAAAUACUGCGCUUUGAUUGGAUAACGUGUCGUUAUAUAAUCCAAUUGAAAUCGAGAUCUCGCAGAAUUGUAUACAAGACCAUCAAGUUUUUUGGAGUUCGCCAUCGAGAAUUUUCUUUCCUGGUAAUGUUUAGCUUAGCUUAACCGGCUUUUUGAGAGCUGUUCUUUCUUUUUAAUGUUUUUAUCUAGCUUUCAAUGAAAGCGUUUUGAUCUACAAAUGUUGUCUGCUCAUCGUAUUUUACAGAACUCAAGGCGUACGUUUCAAACCUCGGCGAAAAUCAUGGCAUCUUUGCGAGUCGCUAUCAUCGGCCAGUCGCAGUUUGGCAUGGAAGUGUACAAGAAUUUGCGAGCAAAGGGUCAUGAAAUCGUUGGCGUUUUUACCAUCCCGGACGUGAAAGGCAAGCCGGAUAUUUUGGCUACCGAAGCAGAAAAAGAUGGACUACAGGUUUUUAAAUUUAAGCGCUGGAGAAACAAGGGGGAAAAGAAUACAAUCGCGGAGGUGUUUGAAAAGUACAAAUCGUGCGACGCUGAAUUGAACGUGAUGCCAUUUUGUAGUCAGUUCAUACCGAUGGACGUUAUCGAUUUCCCAAAGCAUGGCUCGAUUAUAUAUCAUCCUUCUAUUUUGCCCAGACACAGAGGAGCUUCGGCCAUAAAUUGGUAAGCUUUUGGCUGAGAUAUCGGAAAUAAAAUUCGUCCAAAAUGUACAAAAUAUGUUUGUUACAUAAUUGUUUACAUAUUAGUUAUAAUUAACCUGCGAGCUUUGCAACGUUUGUUUUAAAGCUAAAAAUGAAAGUAUCUUGCUUCUUUGCAUGAAAAUACUUUCUAAAAGCUUUACGUAGUCUAUAGUUACCCUUUGUCAUUUAUAUUUUUAUGUUUUUAACCUCUGGCACUCGUUAUAAAUGCUUCAUUUUACUUGAAAUUACGAAUAUUUUGGCAAGGUGAAUUUAAUAGCGUGUGAAACUUUUCAUUUCGCGUGCAAAAUUAACACGAAAUCUCGCACGAAAUGAUCUUUUCCUUAGAUUGUCAAUUUUGAAACGUAUAUCGCUUCCUGUAAAUGCGACAAAGGCCCUUAAAAAUUUAAAUAAUUUUGUGACAACUUGAUGUCGCGUGGUAACUGAUCUAAAAAAAUAAAAAUUCUUUUAACAAGGAACUAUAAAAUAUAUUGCAUGAUUUUGAUUUUUUUUUGGAGGGAGGAUUUUCCUUGCAUGAGUAUUGGGUUAUUGUAUCAUGAGGUCAAAUAGAUUUAAGCAAGGUUAACGGCAGAUGCAUAUUGACUUCCGUUUGAGGGAAGCCCAUGAAAUCACAGCCAUUAAGGGGUUUGUGGUGCCUUAUAAGAGAGGGGUAAUGGGGGGGUACCGAUCCUGAAGCACGAAAAAUAAUAUGCAGCGAUCUUGAAGCAUGAAAAAUAAAAGAAGGAAGUCCUGAAGCACGUAAAAUAAAUUUAUUACGAAUCUGAAACGUAAAGUGAACAUGAAAUGUAAGCAACAAUCAUACUUAGAAGUCUUAAAGGUGAAUAUAAACAGUCUGUACUAGGCGGUGUGUUCACCUAUUUGUUUACAAUUGCGUCGAUGUUCAUGAUUUAUAUAAACUUUGAAACCUCCGUUCCCCAGACGCCAAUCAAAACAUAGCUAAAAUCCAGAAACAAAAUUAAUGGAAUAUAUUGUCCAGAAACGAGAAAUAACAGUCUUUAAAUACAGCUGAAAACGGAGAACGGAUAUUGAAUACACCGCAAGCAUGAUACACGGUAUCCAUGUCGGGAUCGAAAAACGUUUAAUAAAAAGAUGACUGAACGAAGAACGAAUAAUUAAAUUACCCCAAUACGCAGCACGAAAAUACCCCAUUACCCCCCUCUUAUAACCAUUUGUGGCACCCUGAUCGGGUCAAUUACCUUUUUUUUUGCCUUGCCUUGUUGCAACAAGUUGCACUUGUUUUACAGUUGAUUUCACAUAACUUUUCUGUGAAUGUUGCGAACUUUGUUCUGAACUUUGUUGUGAAGUUCAAAAGUUUAUACUGAAAUUCACAAGCUGGUUUGUAAAAGCCUCUGAUUGGCUUAUUUUUAUUCAGGGACCAUUUAGAGGCUUUGUUUACAAACCGGCGUGUGAAUUUCAGUAUGAACUUUUGAACUUCACAACGAAGUUCAGAACGAAGUUCGCAACAUUCACAGAAAAGUUAUGUGAAAUCAACUGUAGUUAAACUCCAUUAGUUCAACAAGUACAAUGUAUAUACAACUAUAAAUUGUAUUUUUUCUACUGACUUGUCAGUGUGACAGGUGCAGCGUACAUUGCAACUUUAUGAGUUCAUUUAAUUUGUUGUAGGACUCUAAUGGAAGGUGACAAGCAGGGUGGCUUCACUGUAUUCUGGGCGGACGAUGGUUUGGAUACGGGUCCGAUAUUAUUACAGAAAAGUGUGGACAUUGAUCCCAACGAGACAGUGGAUACCCUGUAUAACCGCUUCUUGUAUCCCGAGGGAAUCAAAGGCAUGGUGAGCAUCAGAAACCUUGUACCAAUUUGCUUUAAUCUAUAAAAGAAACCAUUUUUUAUUUUGGUCAGAGAAUGUCUGAAUUUAAUAUGUCUUAUCCUGGCCGCACAUCCUUUUUGUUUUAACCCUUUAAGUGGCAAUGCACCCUGAUGUGCCCUACUUUAGUAUUUUACUCUCUCUAACGCCAGACCAUUUUACUCGUCAAGUUGAGAGUGCCACCACUCAAUGGCAAGCCUCGAAUUUCCCUGAAAUCAAUCGAUGACAAUGCUAUUAAAAAUUGCCGUAGAACGUAAUUUUGGCUGCAGUUUCCAUGACAUUUUUUUAAGUUAAUAAAAAUUUAAGUUUAUUGUUACUUUGGAUUGUUGAUAAGCUAGAAAGUUUAACAUGUUUACGUAUUUCUUUAAGUGGUUUUUUUUUCGAAGUAAACUGUGACUAAAAUAGCAAUUUACGCAUAUCGCAUGAUUUGAUCAACAUCUGAAUUCAAGUAUCAAAAUAGUAAUGCACAGUGAAUAGUAUGAAAAUUACACUAUAUGGCAAAAAAGUGCUGUUGUUGCCGCAGUAAUCCACAGCAUUUUGUUCUCCUCUAUGGCAAUUGCCGCGAUAAAAUUCAAGCCUUGCUCAAUGGGUUAAGUUUACUUACUGCUGGGGCAGUUAAAUUGGCUGAACAUUGUUCAACAAUAGAAAGUAACUUUCAUAGAAGUCAAUCUUUUGUAGUCAUGUUUUGAAUUUUGAAACAAUCCAAACACUCCUACUCUGUUUAUUUCUGUAAGGUUGAAGCUGUCGACCUGAUCUCUGAUGGCAAGGCUCCAAGAAUUGUACAACCUGAGGAGGGAGCGACGUACGACAAAAUCUGGAAAAAGAAGGAAGUUGCUAAGGUAUGGAUAUCUGCAUGAACUUGCAGUUAGAGCUUGUGAUCAACAACUGUCUCUCUGUAGCUUGGUAAAAUUAAUUCUACACUUAUUUUGCAACUAAUCUAGAUUCACUGGGACCAACCAGCAGAGAAAUUACACAAUUUUAUCCGAGGAAAUGAUAAGGUAAGAUGGCGCCAUUUCCAACUACCCGGUACUAUGUGAUGCACAAAAUUUGACGUUCUCUAUAUGUAAUAUAAUUAUUGACCUGCUUUUCUUGGCAUUUUACAGCUGCCUGGUGCUUGGUCAAACAUAGAUGGUGAGGUAAGUUGCAAGUGAAAAAAAAUAUGUAGAAGAAUCACAAUUUAUGGCAAACCUGUCAACCUUCAAAAUUUCAAACAGGAAGAUUUUGCUUUUGGCUUUUGAAAAACUGGAAUAUUUUACCAAAAGCCAGUAGAGCGGAACCUAAAGUCAUAUGCAUUGUCUGACAAUAAAAAAGUAUAAUGAUUAUCACCUUUUUUAAUCAUUGGUUCUAAUCAAUCAAUAUUUCCAUUGCUAAAUCGUCAUUGAUUAUCAUCAGCCUCAUCGAUUGUCAUAAUCAUUAUUGAUCAUCAUGAUGAUCAUUGUCAUGAUCAUCAUCAUUAUCAUCGAUCAUCAUAAUCAUCAUUGAUUGUCAUAAUCAUUAUUGAUUGUCAUAAUCAUCAUUGAUUGUCAUAAUCAUCAUUGAUUGUCAUAAUCAUUAUUGAUUGUCAUAAUCAUCAUUGAUUGUCAUAAUCAUCAUUGAUUGUCAUAAUCAUUAUUGAUUGUCAUAAUCAUCAUUGAUUGUCAUAAUCAUCAUUGAUUGUCAUAAUCAUUAUUGAUUGUCAUAAUCAUCAUUGAUUGUUAUAAUCAUCAUUGAUUGUCAUAAUCAUUAUUGAUUGUCAUAAUCAUCAUUGAUUGUCAUAAUCAUCAUUGAUUGUCAUAAUCAUUAUUGAUUGUCAUAAUCAUCAUUGAUUGUCAUAAUCAUCAUUGAUUGUCAUAAUCAUUGAUUGUCAUAAUUGAUUGUCAUCAUGGUCAUCGAUCAUCAUCAUGAUCGUUGAUUGUCAUCAUCGAUUGUCAUUAUCAUCAUCAAUUGUUAUAAUCAUUAUUGAUCGUCGUAAUUAUAAUUGAUCCUCAUAAUUAUAAUUGAUCAUCAUAAUCAUAAUUAAUUGUUAUAGUCAUCAUUGAUCAUCAUUGAUCAUCAUCAUAAUCAUUGAUUAUCAUAAUCAUCGUUGAUUGUUAUCAAUUGUCAUCAUCAUCCUCAAUCAUCAUCGAUCGUCAUAAUCAUCGAUCGUCAUAAUCAUCGAUCGUCAUAAUCAUCAAUGUUUGUGUCACAUUAAAAUAAUUGUCAAAACUUGAUUUAUCUCGACGUUCAGCAGUUCAGUUUGGCUUGAAAAAAAAACACGUACAUUAAAGUACCGGUAUUUACCGGUAUUCUGAUGGGGGUGUAUCCAUAGAUAUAGGAGAUCUAGAUUGCUAACGCAUACCUAGCGCAGGCGGGGCCUACAUGAUAAAUCCAAGAUGGCGGUACAACAGGGCAAAAAGACUAUAAAUUCUAUUACGAAAAUCAAGAUUUUUGCAUUUUUUUGCCGUCGCAUUGUUUUGAAACUUAUUCGGUCAAAUUUUAUGGUAAAGAGAAACUUACCGCGAAGAUUUUGAGCAUAAAUAUGAUUGAAUUGGAUCGAUGAAAAAUCGCAAAAUUAUCCAGCGAUAAAAGUUCGUGUAUAGUACUGACAAAGUACUAUAUAUGUAACUUGUACAGUUUUGCUUUAAUUUUUGCUCACUAUUUGCAUAGAAAGCAAAUUAUAACAGACCAUAGAUGAUAGACCCUUAUCCAGUGCUCUCAUCAGUUUACUUCUCUAACAAGCAAGGAGGGGGGGGGGGUACAUAACAGUUCAUUUUUCAUAAUUAUGAGGACAGAGCAGAUGAUGAUGAGAGAUGCAAGUAUAAAACACCAUUCACAAGGCUAGAUGUUAACAUAGCACAGUAUUUCUGGCAAUAAAACGCUCCAAAUGACCAACUGACCAUUUCACACGAACUUUUAUCGCUGGAUAAUUUUGCGAUUUUUCAUCCAAUUCAAUCAUAUAUAUGCUCAAAAUCUUCGCGGUAAGUUUCUCUUUACCAUAAAAUUUGACCGAAUAAGUUUCAAAACAAUGCGACGGCAAAAAAAUGCAAAAAUCUUGAUUUUCGUAAUAGAAUCUAUAGUCUUUUUGCCCUCUUGUACCGCCAUCUUGGAUUUAUCAUGUAGGCCCCGCCUGCGCUAGGUUAGCAAUCUAGAUCUCCUAUAUCUAUGGGUGUAUCGGUAUUCGGUAUUUGCCAGAUUUUUUAAUGUGGAGAAUAUCCAUUACUUUCCAACAAUUAAAAAAGCAACCAAUAGAAAAUACCUUCAUACUGAGAGACUGGGAUGAAAGGGACAGGGUCUCCCUGCAGCACCAAGUGACAUGUCUGUCAUGGUCAAUGUCUUUUUACAGUUAUUUAUUGCUAUGAUCUAGAAAUUAAUCAAUUUAAACUAACUACAAUGACCAACUCAAAAACAGGAACUAGUGAAAAACAUACCAUUUGGUUAAUUUUGUCAACUUGAUUUACACAGCAACUUUUACAUUCUGACCACCUUAGCUACGAAACCACUCAUCCUAACUUGCAGAGUCUCGUUCAUCCUAUGCAUGCCACAGAUUUAAAAUAUUGAAGUUCAAUUCUACUCGCAUUUCUAGCAAGUGACAUUCUACAGUUCGUCUCUGGAAGAAAGCAGCAGUCCACCAGAUGGAAGUUCUGUCGUUGUUGAAGGAUUGGAAAAACCAGCCAUUGUUCAUUCUGGUGGAAUGACGCUUGUUGGAAAUGAUGGAAAAAUGGUAUGGCUGCAACUCAACAUAGUAUACACCCAAUUCAUGUUGUUAAUAUGUUUUCAGUUAAUAUGCCUUAAUCCAUAAUGUGGCCAAAAAUGAAAAUUAUUGACGGCAUUUUUUUGGUUAUUAAACACUUAUUAUUCACUAUAUUCUGUAAAGGAAUCUAUCAUUAACAACAUCAGAAGACAUUAAAACGACAAGCGAAUUUCCGUUCAUCGGUAUUUAGCCAUUCCGAAGUUGAUAAGAGGACUGGGGACGAGUGUUAAAAAGUGCCCCAAUCUCGUUCCCCGAGCCUGCGAUCCUCGGGAAGGAACGUGAGGCUCUGGGAUAAUCCGUUUCAGGGAGGAAUAUGAUUGGCCGUUGAUAUGGAAUGCACAGUCCAAUCUUAGCCAGGAUUCCUUCCCGAGGAUCGCAGGGUUGGGGAACGAUAUUGAUAGUGCCCAAAUUAAGAAGUGAACCAAAUCACUAAAAAGACCACCUCAAAAUUGGUAAGUAUACAAAGUUUGAAGACGUUUACAUGAAUACCCUUCGAAUAAUAAGCCUUCAAGAAUUGUGAAAUUACUGAUUAAAAUUUAGAAUGUUUUUGGGAUGCGCGUUUCCAGAAACAAAAAUUACAGUACAUCAAUAGUAAAUAUCGCGAUGAUUUUCAAAAGCUUAUUAUUCGAAGGGGUAUUCGUGUAAACGUCUUCAAACUCUGUAUACUUACUAAUUUUGAGGUGGUCUUUUUAGUGAUUUGGUUCAUUUCUUCAUUUGGGCACUUUUUAACACUCGUCCCCAGUCCUCUCAUCAACUUCGGAAUGGAAUGAUUUUUGAAAACGGUCUCCGAAUGUUGGAAAAUGAAAACGGAACAUAAUUUUGAUGGCUUUGUAUAAAUUACGCAAAUUCAAUAAAUAUCACAUAAGAUAUUAACCCAUGUAAAUCUCUGAUCUCAUUUCUGAACAUAAUCUCUGCCUUUACAAUAGUUAACCGUGAAAGCUCUGGGUCUGGCUAGCGGGAAGAUGAUCCCGGCAGCAAAGUUUGGCCAGGCCGCUGACGAAUCUGAAGCUUUGGAACUCUCUGAAGAGGAGAAAGAAAUCGAGGAAAAAUUGAAGGUCAGCCAGAGAGUAUUCCUGUUAAAUGGUGUUUUGUGUUAAUUUGGACGAUCAUCAUUAGAAAUAUUAAACAUUUUAUAGUUUUGUAUUGAAGUCUCGGUUCUCGAAUAUAUAUGUUCCAUGUUUUCCAUCGCAGUUGAUCUGGGCAGGCAUUCUCUCCAACCCUGACAUUGACAACAGUACAGAUUUCUUUGGUGCUGGAGCUGGUUCCAUGGAUGUUGCAAGGUAAUGAUCAUGAAAGCACGUAGCAUCCGAGAAUAGAUCUUAUGCAUAAUGACGUCACAAGGCUUGAUGCCGGCGAGGAAUGCUGGUCUUAAUAGUCAUCGCCCGGGAAAAUUAAACAAUUCAAAAUGGCCACUAUCGAAAUUUUCCCGGCCGAUGACUACUAAGACCAGUAUUCCUCGCAGGCAUCAAGCCUUGUGACGUCAUUAUGCAUAAGGUCUAUUUGCCACUUCUAUUGGUUUCAGAUAUAUAUUUCCUAGAAAAUUAAACUACAUCUCCCGAUUUCAUACCGGGUGGCCCAAAAAAAAGUACUCCUGUUUGAUUCGUAAUAACAUCUAAACAAGUAUAGCUUUUAAAGAGAAAUAACUUGCAUCAAAUAGAGGAAGGACUAACUUAGACUUUGAUAUAUUACAGUUGUAUUUCACUUAAAAAUUCACGGAGAUAUUAAUCUUUAAAUUCGGGAGGAUAUUUCUGGAUGUGUCUGAAAUAUGCAAAAUCGGCGUAUCAAAUAUUAAUCAAGAUUUGCCCGACUGAAACAUGCACUAUUACCAGUAAAUAAAUGACACUUGACAAAUUGUUUAUUAUGAAACAAAGUAUUAUUAUAUCUACAAAAUACAAGCAAGAUUCAUUCGUCCGAAAUUCGCGUGUGUUCCUAGCACGAAUACGUUUCCUUAUUUCAUGAGACCACUGCAUCGCGAAGGAUCGUCAUUGGAUCGUUCGUAGUUCUGAAUUAGGGCAUGCUGUCACAACGGAAUUGUGAAGCUCUUCUAACUUCUGCAACGUUCUGAAAUCUUGUUAAGAACACCCAAACUCUUUUGCCGUUUCUUAAUCUUGGCAAGUUCAUGGAGUAAACUGAGAAUUAUAUGAAACACAAUCAAACCAUACAACUCCAUAAGACAUAACAAUUAAGCAACUCCCCAGAGACAUGCAACAUUUUUGGAACAAAACGUAACAAAAUAGUAGCGUUGAUACGGUGAUGUGUAUUUGCAAAAAGCAAUAUUAUUUCCUUCAAUAAAGAAUAUUCAUCCUGCUCUAACCGAGAAAUAAUCUACUCAGUCUGUUUGAACCCAUUAAAAACAUAAAAAAUUAGGCUAUUUAAGAAUACGAAAAAUUUAAGCGCCUGCCUUCCAUGGUCAGUCUUUCAUGUACAUUUAAGUUUGCAAAGACCUAAUAUUAAAUACUUGCAUAAUUUCGAACGUUCAUAUUUCAGGAAACAAUGAGCUAAGACUUACAUGUAAGAUGUCUAAAUCUACGCCAUAUCCCUUACAAACCUUAACGAUAAUUCGCUGAAAUACAAGUUAGCCUAAUAUGUCAUUAAGCAAACAAACGCUGGAGUUAAUAUUUGAUAUGCCGAUUUUCGCUAAUUUUAGACACAUUCCAAAAUAUGCUCCCCAUUUUUAACAUUAAUAUAUCCGUGAAUUUUUAAGUUAAAUACAACUGUAAUAUAUCAAAAUCUAAGUUAGUCCUUCCUCUAUUUAAUGCAAGUUAUUUCUCUUGAAAAACUUUACUUGUUUAGAAGUUAUUACGAAUCAAACAGGAGUACUUUUUUUUGGGCCACCCGGUAUAUAUUUGCAAGAAAAUGUAGUGAUUGACCGAUUGUGCAGGCUGCAAUCGGAAAUUACCGAUUAUCGAUUAUUCAUGCCACAAUCUGCCAGAUACCAAUGCCGAUUUUAUAGUGACGUCAUAAUAUCAGUCGACCGAGUAAAGGUGACGUCAUUCAUGACGUUUUUUAACGAAAAUUUCCAACGUAACAUGUCACUGCCAUAGAUAUCUUAUAUACACUAGAUAGUGCAUCUAAUUAUUCUGCAAUUCAAAAAUUGAAGCCGUGAUUGCAGGCUCAGGGUAUUUCCAUGAAAUGAGAAGAUUGGUAUGUUUUCUAUUUCUUAAACAGGGAACUUAAACAUUAAGCUAACCUAUUCCGAAUACAUUUUUAAACUAUUCAAAUGAUCAAAGUUAUUGUUGUUUUUUAAGCGUUUAUUAUGGCCGCCAUCUAUUCAAAUGGGGGUGGAAUAUUCUUGGCUUCUAUUUUACUAAAGGAGAUGCGCUAUCUAGUGUAUAUAAGAUAUCUAUGGUUACUGCAACCAAAGAUCGUUAAAACCAUUAAUAAAUGGCAAGCUUCACGCAUUAAUUUAACUUAUUGCGUUAAAAUGCAACGUGCAUGAACGUGCAACUGAUGCAUAUCAUUUUUAAGGUGUGUAUUUUCUCAACAAUCGGUUUUAGACAAUCGGAAAUAUAGACAAUUCUACUGAUUCCGAUUAUCUACCAUUAAGGCAAAAAUCCGCCCGAUCAAUCACUAAGAAAAUUAAACUACAGGCCUACAUUUCUCGAUUUCAUAUAUAUUUGCAAGAAAAUUAUACUACGAUAAUGAAUUGACAGUUUCGACACUGCAUGAAAUGUUUACCUUCUCUUCAGGCUGGUAGAAGAAUUGAAAGAGAAGUGUAGUAUAUCUGUAGAGACCGAGGAAGUCUACAUGAAUACAGGGUGAGUAAAUAAUCUCGUGUACUUUUCAACAAUGGUGUCCUGGUCGAGUACACUGAAUUACGUUGGGUUCCUUGUUUGCGCAGGUUCGGUGAUUUCGUUAAAAUGGUCGUACUUACCUCGCGAGGUGGUGGUCAGGAAGAGUUCAAAGUUGAUACAGUAAGUAGUAUACCAUUAACAUACUGGUUAGUGCCUUUGCAGAGCCUGAAAUAACGGUCGAGAAUCGGACAUUUUCUAUUAACCAAAUCACAGUUUUUCCGACCAAAUGCUAAAAUGAUCGGACAUUUUGUCCGGACAAAAAAUAGCAAUCAACCUUGAAAGACUGGGUCAGUUGACCAUCUAUAUCUAUGUUUAACUAUACUAUGUUAUUAUUUUUAGAUCAACUUGGACAUCAACAAUAUGGAAAUUAGGAUGCCACAUCAAGCUUUCAUCAACGGAAAUUUUGUUGAUUCAACUUCAGAAAAGACGUUCAAAACCAUCAAUCCGCAUGAUGAAUCGGUAAGAAAAAUACCUAUACUGGAUCACCACGUUGAGAUAUCUUUUUCAGGUAGUUCAGACACAAGCCACGACAGCUUAUUGUAGAAUACUACCUACACUGGACCACCACGUUUGAGAUAUCUUUUUCAGGUAGUUCAGACACAAGCCACGACAGCUUAUUGUAGAAUACUACCUACACUGGACCACCACGUUGAGAUAUCUUUUUCAGGUAGUUCAGACAUAACCACGACAGCUUAUUGUAGAAUACUACCUACACUAGACCACCACGUUCGAGAUAUCUUUUUCAGGUAGUUUGGACACGAACCACGGCAGCUUAUUGUAGAAUACUACCUACACUGGACCACCAUGUUUGAGAUAUCUUCUUCAUGCGUAAAAAUCUCACAUCUUGUAGCAAGUCUACCAACAAGCCGUCAACAAGUCUGAUAAUGCCAUCAAGCUUGUUACAAGUUGUUAACAGCUUGUUCCAAACCUGUUACAACAACUGGGAACAAGCACUGCGAACACAACUUGUCGACAGCUUGUGAACAGAUUUGUAACAGCUUGUUUGCAGACCUGUAACAACUUGUGAUUCUUUACGUGUGUAGUUCAAACACAAACCACGACAGCUUAUUGUAGAGCACAUUGUAUGUGUUUAAAACUUUCCUUCCACCAUCCACAGGUACUUGGUGAGAUUACGUUCUGUUCAACAAAUGAUGUAGAUCUUGCUGUCGCCGCUGCGAAGGUACACAAUUUAUUAUGUCUGAAUUUCAUGUGCCUAACGUACGUGCAUGGUCCUCAAAUUUUACUGUAUUUUUCUGUUUUGCCCAGGAUGCGUAUGAAAAAGGACCCUGGGGACGAAUGAACGCCCGCGAUCGCGGCUCCUUAAUGUACAGGUAUGUUGCAACAGAGCUGCUGCAUAAUAUAUAGGCUAAUUGUAAUGUCAGUGUGAAAUAUGAGCCUAUGCAUGUUGGCCUUGUAUUUGGUCGUAUCACAUAAAACAACCACAGGAAUUGUCUUUUGUUGGGGGAGCAUAACUGGCUGUUCUGGGUAAUUGGCAAGUGCAUGCUCUGAAAUUUAAAGACAGAGCCCUCGAAAAAGGUCAAUAUUGAGGCGAGCAAAACAAUAUCGCCCUAAAUUUGACCCAGCUCGGCACAUUUCGGCAUUUUUAGAUCGGAAUAUCGGACACUAUCGCCGGCAUUGUAAUUUCGAAGCAGCAGUAAACACCAGUAACAAAAUCCGAAUUUCGUGUUUCCCACAACCGUAUUUUUAAUAUUCCUACGGCUGCUUUCCAUUGGAAUUACUCGACAAGCUUCGCGGGUUCCCUGCCUCUGCUAAGGAAGAAUUACAAGCUGCGAACAAGGUACCAUCUGGUGUCGCAGUUGUAAGACCUGGUAAGGAAUAACGAUGGCUUUUUGAACUGCUGUCUGCAGCUGAAAAAAUAUACCUCUACUGAGAAGAACUGGGAUUAAGGUCGGCAAAAAAUUGCUGACCUGGAACAUUCUCAGGUUGGCAUUUAGGUCGAAUGCUGGAGACACUCCCAACUUCCAAAAAAUUUAGUUAAGUCACCUUCCAGAAACCUUUCCUGAUUGCAGUAGUUUGCCCACAUUGCAUUGCAUCUGCUCAGGGGCGAACUAGCCCCUUUUAAUUGGGGGGUCUGCUAGAAUUGCACUGCGAAAGCCGAUGAUGCCCUGCAGCGAAAAUUUUUUUUGCCACUAUUUCUCCCAAAAAUGUUGGCGAGCGGGGGUCGAAAAAUUUUUUUCCGGACAUUUGAAAAAGGGGUGAAAAAAUUUUUCCGGACAUAAACCAAUUAAAUUAAGGGUCAAAAACCCUUAUUGUUUUACCAAUAUCUGUAAGAUUUAGGUCUAUAAAUUCUAUUCAAUUCCCUCUGGAAGCCCUGGAAUCUACUUAAUAACUCUACAUUCUAUCAUUUAAAAUCUUUCAUUGCCCUGCCAAUCCAGAUGAUUUGCCCUUGUAAUUGGGAGUGGGGGCAGUCACCCCCCCCCCCUCCCCUCAAGUUUCGUCCCUGCAUCUACUACUCCUUGACAUGGUCUUGACAACCAAAUAAACAUCGUGCUCGACAGUGAGUUCAUUAUUUCAGACUUGCAGAAAUGAUGGAAGAACACAAAGAAGAACUGGCCACUAUAGAAUCACUGGAUGCAGGCGCCGUGUACACCUUGGCUUUGAAAACGCACGUUGGAAUGUCCAUUGAUACCUUCAGAUAUUAUGCUGGCUGGUGUGAUAAAAUACAGGUAAUGCCCAAAAUCCUCAUACAGAACCUGGAAUAACGGUCGGACCCAAAAUCCUGAUAAUUAAAAUGUGACUAACCUCAAAUAUAAUUUUUGGUAUGUGUAAUAUUUGGGUCAUUCUGAGAAGAAAUGUAAUAUACCUUUAUAAUAAAAAACCUCAACUUGAUCAACUUUUUCACUGUCAAAGUCCAAGAUAUGAUGUCAUUAGAUGAAUUUUUGGCACAAAAAGGAAAACUAAUGGACAACUUGCAUGUUAGGCUAAAUUUUAAUCUAAGUAAAGAGGAGGGAAUAAAACACAACAGUUAAAAAGAAAAUAAUGAAAUUAGUAAAAUUGCGAAAUUUGGUUGCGAAAUGUUGUAAAAUGCAGAAAAUAUAGCUUUGUGAAGUUUGCAUAUUUUCAGUAUAUUUGUAUUACGUGCGGAAAUUGUUACCAUUUUCGGCUCAAAAAUAGUAACAAUUUCCGCACGUAAUACAAACAUACUGAAAAUAUACAAACUUUGCAAGGCUAUAUUUUCUGCAUUCUACAACAUUUCGUAUCCAAAUUUUGCAAUUUUACUAUUUUAAUAAGUUCUUUACGGGAAUUUACUUUUUUUUGCCUAAAUAAAAAAUUAGUCUAACAUGCAAGUUGUCUAUUGUCUUUGAAAAACUCGCUAUGUACCGUAUGUUUUUCCCAAAUUGCACGAGAAACCAUGCUAUUACCUAUACACAAAGGCUAUGAAAUUUUCACAUGAAAAUCCAUCUAAAAAACCCUUGAACUUUUCUCCUAACAGGGUACUACCAUUCCCAUCAAUCACAGUCGACCAAGCAAGAAUCUCACAUACACGAAACGGGAGCCGUAUGGGUAAGCAUUUAUAUGAGGAAAGGAAAAUUUAUUGAUUUAUUGAUUGAUUCAUUGAAUAAUCUAUUAGCCUAUACCGUUUGAUCGAUUGAUUCAUACCAAUUAUUUUUUGAUUGAUUGAUUGACUAUAGAUUUGAUGGAUUGGUUGGGAUACAGUUCGAUUAAUUAUGACUGAUUUUGAAUUUUGAUUGAUUAAUUAUGAAUUUGAUUGGUGUUAUUUUUGAACUGGUUGAAAUGAAUCGCUUUCAUAAGUCAAUAUUGCAUUAUUUCAGCUAUAGACGAAUUUUUUAUCCAGACAAGAACAACAAAAUCCAUUACCAUAGCUGGAAAGAGCAACUUCAAAUGAGUAAAAUUGCAAAGUUUCCGGUUUCUUCUUAUAAAAACUUAGGUAGGGUAGGCCGGUUUUAACUUCUUUUUUUAAACUUUUUUUUAAUUUUCCGAACAAGCGGACGCCAUUUUGUUUAGUCAGUGCUUCCACAUCCAAAGAUACAUUUCGCUAAUAUUGCCUCAAAUUUCAAUUUUCCACAAACUUUUUCCUCUAAGUGGAAACACUUACAAGCAUGAUCCAAUAAAAAAGUUUAGGGUCGGGAUUUCGACGUCCAAAAGCUAAGUAGGGUCGGGAAACCGGAAACCCACAUAUUUUUUUUGGCCUUGUUGUAAAAUGAGGAAAAAUAUAGCUCUGUGAAGUUAUGUAUAUUUUUGCAAAUUUUGUUUAUAUUUGCAUUACGCUCGGGAAUUUGAGCCGAAAGUGGUUAUUUUUACCGCGCGUAAUACAAAUAUAUACAAAAUUUACGAACUUCACAGGGCUAUAUAUUUUCUUCAUUUUACGACAAUUUACAACCAAUCUUUGCAGUUCUACUCAUUCUAAGACGUUCUUUCUGCCUGUGGUGUUGGAUUUCGUUGUUCUUGCCUUGAUCAAAAUUUAGGGCCUGUUCAUAUGGGCAAAAGUUAUCCCGGUUAUUGCGGUUAACGAGAAAACUUUUCGACUAGCCAAAUACUUUUGUUCUGUUCAUAUGGAGAAACUUUAUCCCGCUUACCGGGUAAAGUUUUCGGCUGUGACGUGGCACUGAACAUCAAUUGAAUUGAAAAGUUGCUGACACGACAGAAAGUUAUCCCGCUAAGCGGGAAAGUUGUGUUCAUAUGGGAAAAACAUUAUCCCGGUCACCGAGAUCUCGCCUGUCAACAAGCGAGAUCUCGGUAGACGGGAUCUCGGGAGACUUUUUGUCUCAUAUGAACGCAGUGUAACUUUUCAUAUUAUUUUCAUACCAAGGCGAGAUCUCGCUUGUAAACUUGUCGAAAAGUUUUGUCGCUAACCGGGAUAACUUUUGCCCAUAUGAACAGGCCCUUAGUGUAUAGCUGGAAUCAUAAAUUUGUGAUUGCCAUUGAUUGACCAUUAUCACCAAAUAUUCGUUCCAUAUUUCCGUGUACUAACUAUCAUUACAGUCGAUCUUAAGCUGGCUUUCCCAACAUUCUAGACAGCCGUGGUUGUUAUCCUUCCCCGAAAAGGAUCAUGGGACGCUCUUGAACGGUUGUACUUCCUUCUCCGUUCAAGUGACCGAGCGUCUUAAAAAGGAAGUGGGAACUAGUGUAUUGUAGUUCGCGUUCUGUAGCUGUAAGAAGGUAUUUGUAAAUCGUUUAAUACCUUUUCAUGUGGUUGAAUAGAUUAAGCAAGGUUAACGGUAG